AUGCCGGAGGCGGGGAAGAAGCGGACGAUUCCUGUGGUGGGCGAGCGUGUCGGUCGUAGACGAGAAAGAGACGAAGCUACCAGACAGCAAAAGCAAGGUUGCUACGGAGCCGUCGGCGACGGCCAACAGGACGACACGCCGGCGUUCCGGGAAGCAUGGGCCGCCGCUUGCGCCUCGCCUCAGCCGGCCACCCUCGUGGUCCCCAGGGAGAAGACGUACCUCGUGAAGCAGACCACCUUCUCGGGCAAGUGCAGGUCCCCCGUCACCUUCAGGCUGGACGGCACGCUGGUGGCGCCCGCCAGCCGGUCGGCAUGGCCCGAGGAGAACAUGAGGUGGUGGAUCAUGUUCCGCAACGUCGAUGGGCUCACCGUGACCGGCGACGGGACCAUCGACGGCAACGGCGAGACGUGGUGGAAGAGCUCGUGCCGUGUGGACAAGAAGCUCAAGUGCGGCAACGCCCCCAUGGCGCUGCUGCUCAGCAGGUGCAACAACCUCACGGUGGAGAACAUCCAGCUCCUCAACAGCCAGCAGAUCCACAUGUCGGUCGAGGACUGCCGGGACGUGCUCCUCAAGGGCAUCACCAUCACCGCCCCCGGCGACAGCCCCAUGAACGACGGGAUCCACAUUGCUCGCACCAAGGACAUCCAGGUCCUGGAUUGCGACAUUAAAACAGGGGACGACUGCAUGUCCAUCGAGACCGGAACCGAAAACCUCUACGCUUCGAGAAUAACCUGUGGCCCGGGACACGGGAUCAGCAUCGGGAGCUUAGGCGACGACAACUCCGAGGCCCGAGUCUCCAACGUAACAGUCUACAAGGCGCACCUCUCCGGCACGACCAACGGCGUGCGCAUGAAGUCAUGGCAGGGAGGAAAAGGGUACGCCACGGACGUCACGUUCGAGGACAUAACCAUGGAGGAUGUCCAUAACCCCAUAAUCAUCGACCAGAACUACUGCACAUCGGUCGAUCCCGCCAACCCUAAGUCGUGCAAGAAACAAACUUCGGCAGUGGAGUUCAGCAACAUUCGGUUCAAGGACAUAAGGGGCACGAGCGCGACGAAAGAGGCUAUCAAGCUGGACUGCAGCGACACCGUCCCGUGCCGCGAUAUAUUGUUGCAAGAUGUGAAGCUUACUUUUCAUGACCGUGGGCACAAGCACAAGCACGCUUCCGCAACAAGUGUAUGCAACAACCCAAGCUAA